CGCGGGGACGUCCCCAGGGCCCCCCACUCGGGUGGCUUUUGCUCCCUGGAGCCAGUGGAGCUCUUUGGGACGCGCUCCGCGUCUGGAAAGGUAGACUUCUCCAGCAAACGGCCAGUGUUGGUUCUUCAGAAUGAAGCACUGUAUCCACAGCGGCGCUCCUAUACUAGUGAGGAUGAAGCAUGGAAAUCUUUCCUGGAAAACCCUCUCACUGCAGCAACCAAGGCGAUGAUGAGCAUCAAUGGAGAUGAAGACAGUGCGGCUGCACUGGGCUUGCUCUAUGACUAUUACAAGGUUCCGAGAGAGAGAAGGUCGUCAACAGCAAAGCCGGAUGUCGAGCACCCAGAGCCAGAUCACAGCAAAAGAAACAGCAUACCAAAUGUGACUGAGCAGUCCCUCCUUUCUGCUGGAGAAAACAGAGUGCAAGUACUGAAAAAUGUGCCAUUUAACAUCGUCCUUCCCCAUGGCAACCAACUGGGCAUUGAUAAGAGAGGCCAUCUCGCAGCCCCUGACACAACAGUCACAGUCUCCAUAGCAACGAUGCCUACCCACUCCAUCAAGACGGAAACCCAGCCCCACAGCUUUGCCGUGGGAAUCCCCCCAGCAGUGUAUCAUCCUGAGCCCACUGAGCGGGUGGUGGUUUUCGACCGGAACCUUAAUACUGACCAGUUCAGCUCUGGUGCUCAACCCCCAAAUGCUCAAAGGCGAACUCCAGACUCUACCUUCUCAGAGACCUUCAAGGAAGGCGUUCAGGAGGUUUUCUUCCCCUCGGAUCUCAGUCUGCGGAUGCCUGGCAUGAAUUCAGAGGACUAUGUUUUUGACAGUGUUUCUGGGAACAACUUUGAAUAUACCCUAGAAGCCUCAAAAUCGCUUCGACAGAAGCCGGGAGACAACACUAUGACCUACCUGAACAAAGGCCAGUUCUAUCCUGUCACCUUGAAGGAAGUGAGCAGCAGUGAGGGAAUCCAUCACCCCAUCAGCAGAGUUCGGAGUGUGAUCAUGGUGGUUUUUGCUGAAGACAAAAGCAGAGAAGACCAGUUGAGGCAUUGGAAAUACUGGCACUCGCGGCAGCACACUGCUAAACAAAGAUGCAUUGACAUCGCUGACUAUAAAGAAAGCUUCAAUACCAUCAGUAACAUUGAGGAGAUUGCUUAUAAUGCCAUUUCUUUCACUUGGGACAUUAAUGAUGAAGCAAAGGUUUUCAUCUCUGUGAACUGCUUAAGCACCGAUUUCUCUUCUCAGAAGGGUGUGAAGGGGUUGCCUCUGAAUAUUCAAAUUGACACCUAUAGUUACAACAACCGUAGCAACAAGCCUGUGCAUCGGGCGUACUGCCAGAUAAAAGUCUUCUGUGACAAGGGAGCUGAGCGGAAAAUCAGAGAUGAAGAACGAAAACAAAGCAAAAGAAAAGUUUCUGAUGUGAAAGUGCCACUGCUUCCCUCUCACAAACGAAUGGAUAUCACGGUGUUCAGGCCCUUGAUUGAUCUUGACACCCAGCCUGUCCUCUUCAUUCCUGAUGUGCACUUUGCCAGCCUUCAGCGGGGAGCUCACGUCCUUCCCAUUGCCUCAGAAGAAUUGGAGGGUGAAGGAUCUAACCUGAAAAGGGGGCCGUACGGCUCGGAAGAUGAUUUUGCGAUUCCACCUCCCGCUAAGCUGACCCGGGUAGAAGAACCAACGCGAGUGCUGCUCUAUGUGCGGAAGGAGUCGGAAGAAGUCUUUGAUGCCCUGAUGCUCAAGACUCCAUCUUUGAAAGGCUUGAUGGAAGCUAUCUCAGAUAAAUACGAUGUUCCCCAUGACAAGAUUGGAAAAAUAUUCAAGAAAUGUAAAAAAGGGAUUCUGGUGAACAUGGAUGACAACAUUGUGAAGCAUUACUCCAAUGAAGACACCUUCCAGCUGCAGAUUGAGGAAGCAGGGGCGUCGUACAAGCUCACCCUCACUGAGAUCUGAGGGUCCUGGGCCACGAGUCCCAGCGCGUGAAAGGAAGGCGUUAUGUGGGUCUUUUUGUUGGGCAAGCUGUGGGUGCACCAGCCAGCCGCUUUCCAAACAUGGUGGAUGUCAGUGGGAGGGAUUCCUUUCGAGCUGGAGGUGGCACUGCAUUUGGCGAGGAGAUAGCAUUGAGUAUGUCGCAUUGGCAUUUUUCAGAUGACAGAGAAAUUCAUAUACCAUUAUGUUUGAAAUUUCUGAUAUAAAUACUUAGGAUUAAAAGUGAAAACUUUGUUCCAAGAUUUAAUAGACUCUCUGGGGACCUUUAGGAUAUCUGCUACAUUAUUUAUAAAAAUAUUGGGAUGUCUGCCUUGUCUCUUCAAUGUUGGUGGGCCGGCUCACUAGUGCAAGUCAGAAGGAGCAGUGGGCUUGGCUUUAAGGACCUUGUGCCCUUGUCUGAACUCAGUGAGACUCUGACUGCCUCAGGUCAGUGGGAGCGGCAUCCAAGGAGGAAGGAGGAGCCCUUCUCCCUCAGCCUCUCAUCCCCCUGUAAGUGUUUACUCAAAUAGGGCAUGUUACUGACAUCUUCCUCCGCAACUUUCUUGAACAUAGCGACUGCCUUUCUUGUGAAGAACUUACAUGGGUUACAGUAUGAAUCAGUUAAGCUAAAGCUGCAUUGUAUAUAAGUGCAAUACAUUUUGAAGGCCUGUGUCUGUAAAUGUGUACAUAUAUGUCUUAUAUAAAUAGAUAAUAUAUAAAUAUGGUGUCUGUGUACAUAUAGUAAAGAGAUGCGAUAAGGUCUACGUUAAAGACUUUCCCUAGAUGAGAGGUUAAAUUAUUUUUGAUAACAUCUCCCAAGUAGGUAGAGGACUGUGCUUAGUGGAGCCACUGAAACGCUCUCUGUUUUCCCAAACACAGCCAUCAUUCCAUAGCAUAGCAAACCUUCUCAAAGUACGGAGACUCUCUUUGCUCUUGAGAAUGUCAUUAUUUAGACUUCUGCACUGUUUAACAAAUGAAGUCAAGGGAAAACACUACUGCAACUCAUGUCUGUUGUGUAUGCUAGUGUCAGAUGUUCCUAAUGGAGUGAACAAACACAGUAAUUACAACACACAUUGUGACUAUUUGUAUCAGGUGACACAGUUCAAAGUAGAGCUCUUCCUAAUCUUCCUGUUACAAGAAAUUAUUCUAUUUUACCAUGUUUCAGAGCCUUCAAGCUUUGAUUAUAUUGUAUGUUAACAGUUCUAGAAAGCAUUCAUGAAUUUAUGAGACUAUAUUACUAUGGCAGGGGAACAUUUUGUAUACAUAUUUAAAUAUAUAAAAAUACUAAAAAGUGUAAUUUUAUAACAAAUAAAAUCACGGGUAUCUUUAGGUUCAGGGAGCUAGAGUAGGUCAUUGGUACAAGUAGGAUUGGUAGUUACAUUCUUAUGUUAAAAUACUCUAAUGAAGUAUGUGAAAUAAAUUGCUGGUUUUCUAAGAUAAGAAUAUCAUGGGAAUGGGUAAUAAUAACAAUAUUUUAUAUUUUGUUUUAUGAAAUUGAUUUUGUCUUGUUUUUAGUUGUAUCAUUGAAGAUGUAUUUUAAACCAAAAGGAUUAAAUUUUAUAUGUCUAUUUCGUAA